AAAUCUAUCAUAAUAUUAUUAGGUAAAGGUUAUAUACAUACCUAAUACCUAUAGACUUCUCUGAUCCAUUUCGUAAAUUGUAGCAAUACUGUACACGAUGAGAGAGAAGAGGGUGGGUGUGGCUGUGGCUGUGGCUGUGGCUUUGUGGUGUUCAUCCAUGAAUAAUAAAUAAUAUGCAAAGAAAGACGGCCACAGCAGAGGACUAGAGGACUAAGAAAAAAGUGAAGGAAAAACCAAUGUUUUAACCGGGAACCGAAACUGAGAGAGGAAAAAAAAGGAAAACGUUUUUAAACAAUUGGUGGGAAAAUGUUUUUUUCCGCCCCUUCUCCCCUUUUUUUCGGGUUGAGGAUUUAUUGCGCUUAAACACCUGCGCUGCGGAAGGGAUGGGUUAAGAUGGAAUGCAAUAUUAAAUAGAACAGGACAUGCGAAUGAGGAAGUGAGAACUGUGUCGACUGGACAAAGGAAUCCGGGCUUGUUUGGUCUCUCAUUUUUGUUUUUCCCUCUUUUUCCCCACUAGAAUUUUCGGUCCAAUAGGAAUUGUUGUAUUUCCGGUUUCCGCCAGCCCUAAAUUAUUUCCGUGAUUGUCAGCAAAAACGAUUGCAUUUGAAUUUCGUGGAGGUUAGGUAAAAUGUUGUUCUUCUUUUUGUUUAUUUUUAUAACUGGGUAGGGUUUCUGUUUAAUCCGCAAACCGAAGAUCCUGGGGAAGUAGUAAAAGGGAGAAUAAACACAAAUACACACCUUAACAACGACAUGCCCGUUUAAUCGAUUGAUAUAAAUGUCCUUAGAAUUCGGUUCUAUCCCUAGAGUUUUCGCCAGAUCUGAACAUAGCGCAUCAACAUCUCCCUCGGUUUUCUGGAUCUUGGUCUCCUGCUUGGUGCCUCCAGCUUUGGUCACGAGGUAGACGGGUAAUUGGUUUGAAGGGGUACGGCGGAUGAAGUAGGGGAGGUUCGUGAGCGGGAGAGGAGGAUGUACCGGAGCAGGCUGGGUGGAGGUGGCGGAUUUGGUGGCUUUUGUGGACUUGGAUUGCGAGAAUGGUCGAGGGAUUCGGGUUGUGAUAUGACGGGUUUGUGUGGCGAGGGAUGAAAACGACCGCUUUGGUGGUUCUAGGUGCAGUUAGAUAUUUAUUCUUUAAAUAUAAUGCACUCGUCGUCCGAGUGGUUUGUCAAUCCAUCGUGGGUGCUAUGGAUGGCACUGCUGGUGUAGAAGGAAAGGGCAAUAUUUACGAGAUCUGUAUGUUCGCGUCCGCGACAGGGAUUGUGAUAGCGACGAAAGUGACCGCUUGUUAGAGAGGCAUGACGAGUUUGAUCUAAGACAUAACGAGAGCAUUGAGGAUUUUUGGCGAAGCACCGGUGAGAUGGAUGAUGAAGGGAGGAGGGCGGCCAUAUUGAAAGCUCAUCAGAAUGAAUAGACAAAGAAAGGGCUGUUGAGUUCAAAGGCGGGAAUUUACGAAUUAGAGAUUAGGCAAGGAGGAUUAGACUUGAGGAACACAGAUGUCAGUACAGCUUGCUGGCCCUUCAGUAGUUGGUAGGAAUCCUUUUCCUAUUCUUCCCCACGACGCUGGACGUUCUGUGCAGCCGGUUUAUUUGUGGUCGUGAAUCCGGUCUUUGAUAUCAGAUUUUUUGCCAAUCGAAGCUUGGCUGGGCCUUCAAAACUCGCUAGCAUGUUCCUGGUCUAGCGUAGACUUCGUGCGGCUCUCACUAACAUUUUCGACAUCGCCAACUUCAAAGUUCCAUUUCGAACAAGUUCGCUAGCAGCCCGCAAUCGUAUCAGCUAGAGACUUGUAUCCCAUCUCACCACGCCUGCCGCUACUUUCUGUGCGCUGUCCUUUUCGCCAUGGCAGACAACGUACCUCCGUCUGCUGACACCCUGCUAAAGGGUGCGGCUUCGCGCUCCGCAAAGUCCCCCGAAGAGAUCGCCAAAGAAUAUGACCUUCUGCCAAAACUCAUGCCCUACCUUGACCGCCAUCUCGUUUUCCCCUUGCUCGAGUUUGCGUCUGGCCAGGAAGAAGAAGAUGAACAAGUUGACGAGAUUACCAAAGCGAAAUAUGAACUUCUGAAGCAUACAAACAUGACAGACUAUGUCGCAAACCUUUGGCAGGAAAUCAACAACUCCGAUUCCAUGCCUGAGGAAUUCGUCAAAAAGCGGGAAGAAGUCGUGCAGAAACUCCAGCAGUAUGUCGAGGACAGCAAUAAGAUCACAGAGCUUUUGCAGGAUGACAACGUGGUCAGCAACCUGCGAAACGACAAGGCCGCGAACUUGAAGUUCCUUGAAGAACAACAUGGUGUGACGCUGGAUAUGGUUAAUAUCCUUUACGACUAUGGCCGAUUCCAAUACAGCUGCGGCAGCUAUGCAAACGCUGCUGAACUACUCUACCAGUUCCGUGUCCUGUCCACUGAUAACGACAAAGUUGCCUCUGCUACGUGGGGAAAGCUUGCCUCGGAAAUCCUGACCACCAACUGGGAGGCUGCGAUGGAGGAGGUUCAAAAAGUAAAGGAAUCUAUCGACACCCGCCUGUUUAACAACCCGCUCGCUCAGCUCCAGCACCGCACCUGGUUGAUCCACUGGUCCCUCUUCCCCUUCUUUAACCAUGACCCUGCCCGUGACACUCUUACCGACCUCUUCUUCUCCCCCGCCUACAUCAACACCAUCCAGACCGCUUGCCCGUGGGUUCUUCGAUAUCUUGCUUCUGCAGUUAUCACCAACCGCGGUCGUGCACACAAGAAUACCUCACUGUAUCAAAAGCAGUUGAAGGACCUCAUUCGCGUUGUACGACAGGAACAAUAUGAAUACCAAGACCCUAUCACGGACUUCAUUAAGGCGUUGUAUAUCGAUUUUGAUUUUGAGGAGGCUCAGAAGAAGCUGGGAGAGGCUGAGGAGGUUUUGAGGAAUGAUUUCUUCCUUGUUGCCGCCGCAGAUGCAUUUGUGGAUGCGGCAAGACAUUUGAUUUCGGAGAGCUACUGCAAAAUCCACCAACGGAUUGAUAUCAAGGACCUAUCUACUAGACUUGGCCUGAACCAAGACGAAGGUGAGAAAUGGAUUGUCAACCUAAUUCGUGACACGCGUGUCGAUGCGAAGAUCGACUACAAAGAAGGGACCGUUCUUAUGAACCACCCACCACAAUCAGUGUAUCAACAAGUCAUUGAGAGGACCAAGGGCGGAUUUUUCAGAACACAAGUAUUGAGUGCCGCUGUCGCCAAAUAAGUAUAAAAACGAGAACAAAGAAAAGAGUAAAAUAUAGAAAUUAGGAGUUGAAUUUAAAGAAUGAGAAACGGAUAGGAAAUGGGAUUUAAUGAUAUACCACACGACCUACUCUUAUCCUUCUUUAUUUUAAUCCCCCCGCUUCUAUUCUUCUCUUUUGCGCUAGAAAAAAAACUCUCUUGCACGCGACAAACUUUCCUGAUUUUGUUUUAUUCCGCGAGACCUCUUUUUUCGAUCUACCCCCAUGAGGAAUGGCUGUUUGGCAUCUGGCUGGCGUUUCGUUUUCCCUUAAAAAAUAUUUGUCGUUAUUUGACUCGGAAAUUUUACAUACUACCUGUUUCUUCCUGUUCCUUUGUUCCUUCUCCCAUAUAAUAUAUGGUUUUCCUAGUAGUUGUAGAUAUCAGAGGGGCAUGGGUGGUAGGAAGGAUUAGUUGUUGAUUGAACCUACCGAGCUUGCUUUGGGCUAUGGCUAUUCGUCAUUCUUCGAAGAAAAACGUAGAGCAUGUUUAUGAUCAUUUGUAUGUACAUGUACAAUGAGGACAACCUACCUAUGUGCUCCCAAGAAAUGUGAACCAAGCUGGCAUUGACUUGGCUUCUGAAGGUGAUUCCGCAUGCGAUUAGGGUCGUUAAAUAUGGGCAUAUGCAUUAUAGCGGCAGCAGUCGUACCUGACCCGGGAAGGGUUUCCCGGGUUUUGAGAAGCCUGAGCGGCCAACCGGCGAUUUUGGUCUCUUCCUAGACGGGGGAGGGGCUUCGCGAUGAAGCUCUUUGGGUGUUUUACGUAAUUGGAAAGUCAACGCUCCCUGUCCCCGAGAGAUAUGAACGAAACGGAGGGGGAGAUUAAGACACUGGAAAGGAGUCUGUAGAAUGUACAGUACAGCUCGGGGCGAUCCCGGAGGAAUCUCCCCAUUUUCCAAACAGCUGGAGUUCCCUUAAAACGCAGAAGCGGGACUGUGGAACCUUUAGCAGAUAAUACAGGGGAUUUGGGUCCAGACAGAGUGAUGUGACGUUGUAUAAGUAUC